GACCAUGGAGACACCGGACAUGGUGAUGGGGAGGGAGGGGAAGCUCGUGGUCCUGUACUGCAAGUUCACUCACCCUCACCAUCAAUACAAAGGCAACAUCAACAUCAUCUUGAAAGAUAAGGGGACCAAGAAGACCAUCUUCAAAUACAAAAAUUAUCCAUCAAGCGGCAAGUAUAAAAAUGAGAUCUUGGAUAAUGUAGGAGCUCGCUACAGACCAAUGGGGGACCCUCGGAAGAACGAUGCUUCCAUAAUCAUUAAUCAGCUGGGAACGACGGAUACAAACAAGAUCCUCAACUGUCGUGUUGUGCUCACAGAGCAAACAGGAGCAAAUUAUGAAUGCCCACAUGGGCGAAUCACAGCAUCAGGUGAUGUCAGCGCAUCUAUGGUGAUCGGGAAGAGAGGAGGUGGUGCCACACUGAACUGCAACUUCAACCACUCGAGUGCAAAUAGCAGGGUGAUCACUAUCCUCUGGAUGAAGGGGACUCCAUGGGAAGAGUCCGUUUUCUUUAAACAUACCCGCUCCUACCCCACAAGCGGUCCCGGCACUGACAAUGUAAAUAGAGGAGGUCGAUAUGAGUUGGUGGGAAUCGUAGACAAGGGAGAUGCCUCCAUCAGAGUGAGGGGACUCACGUUGAAUGACACCAACAACUAUUUCUGUCAUGUUUGGACCUGGAAUUCCCCUCUGAAGAAAAAUAUUCAGGUGACUCAGGAUGAGACGGGACUACAGGUUUUGGGUGAUAAUGACAGAGCAUCCAUGGUGAUUGGGAGGAAGGGUGCGACUGCCACACUGCCCUGCUCCUUCAGUCCCUCGAUCAGGAAUCCCAGCUCCAUCACCAUCAGCUGGAUGAAGGGGAAUCCACCAAAAUGGUCUGUUGUCUUUCGUGACACUUCUCCCCGCCCAGCAGCAAAUCACAUUCCUGAAAAUGUAAAUAAUAGAAAUCGAUAUGAGCUGGUGGGAAAUCUUACACAGGGAGACGCAUCCAUCAGAGUGAAUGGACUCAAACUGGAUGACGCCAGUGAUUACUCCUGUCACGUUUAUGUCAGGAAUUCAACAUUGACAACUGUGACUCAGGAUGAGAUGAAACUGCAGGUUGUGGAUGGAAAGAAGAAGACAUCCAUGGUGAUUGGGAAGAGAAGAGAUUCAGCCACACUGCCCUGCUUCUUCAGCCCCUUGAACAAGAAGCCCAGCCCCAUCACUGUCCGCUGGAUGAAGGGGAAUCCACGGGAAGAGUCCACAGUCUUUAAUCACACCUACCUCCACUCUGUGAACCCUCCCUACACUGUCACUGUAAAGGGAGGAGGUCGAUAUGAGCUGGUGGGAAAACUAGACCAGGGAGACGCCUCUAUCAGCGUGAAGGAGCUCAGACUGGACGACAGCAGUGACUAUUUCCGUUACGUUUGGGUCAGGAAUUCCACACAGGAGACGGUGACUCAGGAUGAGACUAAACUGGAGGUUGUGGUCCCAGCCACCAUCCUGGAUCUGUCUAUUGUGAGCGACAAUGUAACUGGAGAACACACCCUCGUGUGCAGGGCUGAAGGGAAGCCCCCUGCAAACAUCACGUGGAUCGGCCCAGGGAACAGCUCACUGCCCGUGACCAUUAGUGAGAUGAUAGUCACGCAUGAUCCAGAGAAACUACUGACUGUGGGAGAGCUGCUUCACCCCAGGCUGCCAGGGAAUUACACGUGUGUGGCUGUGAAUGAACACCAGAUAGACAUGCAUGAAUUUGUGGGAAGGUCCGGUUGUGAUUCUGUUCUUAGAUCCUCGCUGUUCUUCAAAUGCUUGGGUAUCAUUUGA